ACCUCUUCACGAGGGUCGCGCGUGCAAGAUUUAACGUGAUAAAUAAAAAUAAAAUAACGUAAUCCGAAAAACAAACACAACCAUGACCCCAAUGGUGAAAGUAAAAUCCAACUUUUAUUACUUUAUUCGGCAACGUGCGUUUGGGAAAUGUAUGUACUUUAUUUUGCUAUUGUAAAGGAAGCCGGAAGUUGUUAACCUUAUGCGAGUAGUAGCAUUAGCAAGCCAUUCAACAAGCGCAGUUGAGAAAAAAAAGGUUUUAAGUGAAAUUAAACUGGCAUGGCUGCGGAUUGGCUGGGAAGUUUGGUGUCGAUCAACUGUGGAUCAUCAUUGGGAGUCUAUCAGGGAGAGGUCUCAUCAGUGGACCAAUCUUGCCAAACUAUCUCGCUCAGACAACCUUUCCACAAUGGAGUUAAGUGCCCAGUUCCAGAGGUCACAUUCAGUGCCAUGGACAUAAAGGACCUCAAGAUCUUAGAAAUAAGAAAUGGAAAUGCUCAGAGCAGCGCUCCAGUUUCAACUAAUGCGAGUAGUGCACCGGUCUCAGUUCCAAAAAGUGAUCCUAGGACUGCAGAGAUUGUGAACUCGCCGCAACACUGCUCCAGAAGCUACGGCGACCGCCAUCUAGACGUCCCCAAGGGGUUCAGGCGACGACACAACUCCUGGUCAUCAAGCAGUCGAGGUACAAACCAAGCUACCCCCAAAAAGAAUGGGCUGAAAAAUGGUAGUAACCAGAUGAGACAAAGGGACGACGAGUGCUUCGGGGACGGCAUGGACGACGGCCUGGACACGGAUUUUGAUUUUGAAGGAAACUUGGCCCUGUUUGACAAAGCAGCCGUGUUUUCAGAGAUUGACACAUCUGAGCGCCGAAACGGGGUGAGGUCAAGAGGUACGCCUCACGAGCAGACGCCCUCGCGAUACCGCCAUGACGAGAACAUUAUCGAGGGCAAACCUGUAGUGUACAGACAGAUAACCGUACCGCAACCUGGAGCCAAAGAAUACUGCACAGACUCUGGGCUGGUUGUACCCAGUAUAACUUAUGAACUGCACCAGCGUUUACUAUCAGUCGCUGAGCGAUAUGGUCUCACGUUGGAGCGGCGGCUUGAAAUGACCGGUGUGUGUGCAAGUCAGAUGGCGCUCACACUGCUUGGUGGGCCAAACAGAUUCACACCAAAGAAUCUCCACCAGCGUCCUACAGUGGCGUUGCUGUGUGGUCCACAUGUGCAGGGGGCUCAGGGCAUCAGCUGUGGCCGUCACCUGGCCAAUCACGAAGUGGAGGUGGUCCUGUUCCUUCCUAACUUGGGCAAAAUGCUCGACUCUGUUACCAGCGAGCUCACGCUUUUCAUUAAGACUGGCGGGAAGCUCGUGUCAAAUGUCAAAGACUUGCCAGACACACCCGUGGAUCUAAUCAUCAACUGCCUGGACUGCCACAAGAACACCUCCCUGAUGGAUCAGCCUUGGUACCGUGCGGCCGCAGACUGGGCAAACGAGAACCGUGCGCCCGUGCUGAGUUUAGAUCCUCCAGUUUGUGGACAAGCAGUGGAGGCCAAGUGGUCCCUCUGUCUUUGCCUCCCUCUUCCCCUUGCGGAGGGGGCCGGCAGAGUUUACCUGUGCGACAUUGGCGUCCCCCGCCAGGUGUUUAAGGAAGUGGGCAUCAAGUACCUUUCUCCUUUCGGGUGCAAAUUUGUCAUCCCACUGCACUCGGGUUAAAAAGGACUCGUCACUUCCAGGCUUUCACCAUCCCAGACAGCAUGGGAGCAUUGUAUUCCUCAGUUUCAUAUCUUGUGCAGUUAAUCCAAUAACACUUCUUUACAAGUAACACACUUUUCAGAAUGCGAAUGUGGGCUCUCAUGCAUUCCUUUCGAGGACCAUUGUUUAGCGCAUUAGUCAAUCAAGACCGGAUUGAUGCGAGAAUAUUUCACAAUUUGAGAUUACUCGGAUAAAGUAUCACCUUCAGAGGUUGCAGUAAUGAUGUAGAUGCAUUAAACCUGAUAUCGUAUCUAUAAUAUUUGGAAGAGGAGCCUAUUUACAAAUUUAUAUAAAAUAGUGUUAAAUCUUGUUGGACAAUCUUGAACAUUUUGAUGUAUACACUAUUGGGUUUGAACAAAAUUUACAUCUUAGUAUCGCCACUGAAAUAAGUUGAGAACCUGGCAGCUGCUUAAGAAUGCUACUGUAUUAAUCUCUUUGAGACAAGGUUCUUUUUCCAUGUUGAAGUAGACUGAUGCAAAGGGAUUCAGUCAAAAGACAAAGCAUGACAUUAUUUGGGUCAUCUGAAGACUAGUUAAAAGUCCAAUUUUGCAGUUUGAGUUCACGUUUUCCCGAAAUUUACAUUGUAAGCUUGAACUCAUUACAGAACUAAUUCAAGCGAGAUCCCUUGUCAAAAUGCAUGUAAAACGCUUUUGAAAAAGAAGUGUUUUCAAAAUUAACAGCAAUAAAGCUAAACUGCAUUUAUGGACGGAUUAACAAUGAACGCAGAUGAUUGUUGACUGGGAAUAAGGACUUUUUUUUUUUUUUUUCCUCGUUACUACUGUGAAAAAGAAUUCAGGUUUGAAGAGUGCAGGUUUGUGUUGCACUUGAGACUGUCAGAGGACAGCGAAAUCUCAUUGGGACCACAUUCAUUUGUGCAGGACACAAUCUUGAGGCACACUUUUUUGUUUACAUUGAUUUUCAGUUCAUUUACAUUUUGUUGUAUUUGAGGAGGCACGUGUUACAUAUGACGAGCCCUCUGAUGUAUCAUCCAGCGUUAAUGAUUCUAAACGUGGAUAGCUUUUCUGCCUCAAGUGGGAUUUGUCAUUUAUUUUCCAGAGAUACUCUGAAGCGGUUCAGAAACGUUUGUACUUGUUUUUUCACUUGUACUAUCACAUUUGUGGUUGGUUGGUCGAGAAGCGAUUGUUUUCAUUUCAACAAAGGCUCAUAAUCAUUGUUUUCUAAUGUUUGCAAUGUCUGCAGACUGAAUUAAAGAAGUUGGCCUUUA